AUGAGGCCUAGCUCUAAUCUGUGAUCUUAUAGGAACAACACUAUUGCAGAUCCACCUAAGGUGCCAGUUCAAGUGCUCAAAGUAGAUGAGAGUAUUAUGAUAAGCCAAGUAAAAAGUCCACAUAGAAACCAGAAUAAUGAUAAGGAUGAUAACUUUUCUCCACAAUCAUCCUUGAAGCUAUCUGCCAGGAAGAACUCUGCAUUCGAGGUUCCGAAUGCUACCCCAGCUGAAGGGACAGAUAAGAACUCUAAACCUCAGGUGAGCAUGUCUCCUACAAUGGUUCAUCAAAAAGAAAAGCUUGGAUCUGUUUUAGAUCAUUGGAACGAGGCUGAGAAGAACUUAUCAGCUGUUGAGACCUUACUUAUGAUUAAAAAGAAUAGUCUCCUGAGUAGCACCAAGAAGAGAUCUGGCUCUAUUGGGUGCUCUAGCCUUCUCAAAGACGCCUUGAAGGUGACUUCCCAUAUUGGUGGAGACAAUUUGAAAUCUGUUAUUCCUAACACCAAUAUUCAGCAGGACAAGUCUCUGAAAAUAAAACUUUGAAAAGAGGAUCCAGAGCAAAGUGAAAAUAAGUCAGAAGACAAAGAAGAGGAGGUGGUCCUUCGCCACCCAAGACAUGGGGAGCUCUCCCAGAGAAGAGAUGUCAUUUUCAAAACCAUCUUCAGAGAUAUGAGGAAAUACUACAGACAGAAUUUUAAUGAGACUACCGGGUAUGUCUCCAGGAAAAGAUACAAGAGGAAAGAUUUCUAUCUUGUCUGAGUUGAUGAAUACAUUCAGUCUCAACACAUCAAGCCUCUCUCCAUGAAGAACAGUAAGAAUAUCAAGGACUUCAACAUCUACCUAGGGGCUCUUAUUUAUCCAAAGGAAUUAGAGGCAAUUCUGCAGAAAACUCCUCAAAAGAAAAUAGCCAAGGAAAUUUAUGAUGCCCUUUACAAGUUUUCACUUGGCAAAAUGAAGAGUAUAUUGAUCAAAGAUGGCAUCCACAAUUUAUUCAUGCAUUAUUACGAGAAGGAAAUUCUGAACGGUGACCGCCUCAAGGAGACCCCUGAAGCCUCUAUGGCAUCCAACAAUACAAUGACUAAACAUAGGAAGUUGUACCUCGAAGCAUUCAAGGUGAUGUCCCAAGUCAACAGAAGGAAGAAGAGUCUUUUCUAAACUAGACCUGCCCAGACCAGCUCUAGGAUAAUCCUCUUGAGGAUUCUUCUAUAGUGAAAAUGACAUGAGUGUAAUACUUCCUGAGUAGAGCUAGUCAGCUGGAGGAUGCUCUUAAUUCAGAGAAAAUAUUACAGGCUCCUUGAAACAUAGAUUAUUCUAAAUAAGAUUGAUAUCUUCUGAAGAGAAUUAUCUUAUUUAAAAUAAAGAAAGCUUCA